AUGUUUCGACCUUUAGGGCUUACUCACCUUUCCCAAAGGCGUACAUUCUCGAGCUCCACGCUCCAGUUUGCGGUUUACAAAUCUAAGUCGUUUAGCAGAAAAACCAAGUACGAUCCGUCCAAAAACAGAAAAGGUCCCGGCAAGGAUAAAAGAUUCAACAAACUUAUAGUUUCUGAGAAUUACAAAAAGAGCGCCACUGAUCAGGAGGUUCACGAGAAAUUACCAGUGUUUUCUGCUGAAAACUUGCAUCUUGAUGAGGUUGUUAAAUUCAAGAAAACAAGCUAUCAGAAAUUGCAUAUUCUUGGUGCAUUUAAACCAAACCAGUUCAACGAACUAUAUUCCCGGCCGAUCACUUUAUCGCGUAAAGUUGAGACAAGUCAGAUUCACGAGUUUCUCACCAAGAGCUUGUCGUCUUCAUCGAAGGGAAACAGACUGAUCAUAACGGGAGAUUUGGGGGUUGGUAAGUCGACGAUGCUCACACAGUUCCAUGCUCUAGCACUGGAACAGGACAGUGUCAUUCUUCAAAUUUCAAACAUGGAUGCUCUUGUUGACGGUUCCAAUGACUUCAAGUACAACAGUGCAACAGGAUUGUAUGAGCAGCCAAUGGCUAGCAGGGAUUUGCUCAAGAAGUGGUUCUCUUUGAACAAAAAUGUUUUCGACAAGAUAAAGCUUUCUAGACCAUAUUCGCCUGCAUUCGACUCAGUCAAGAAACAAAAGCCUAUUGGCUUUUCCGAGAAGAAUACUCUGCGUGAAGUUCUGGGAAAACUUUUGUACAACCCUGCAGUGAGCCGUGCCAAUCUCUUUCAAUUUUUGAUGGACGAACUUGCCGCUCAAAAAGGCAUUCCUGUGUUUUUAACGAUUGACAACUUCAGUGCCCUUUGUCACUAUGCUAACACUAGGUACAGAGACAAGAACAACAAUCCGAUCUACUUCCAGAAAUUUCAGUUGUUGAAAACUCUUGUGGAGUUCAUCAGCGGCGACAAGACAUUCCAGAAAGGUGCCAUUGUUGCAGCGACAAAGUUUGACCACAAGGAUACCGACACAAUCCCUGUUGCGCUUGGACUACGGGAGCCAGAUUACUACGCCAAGUUUGAUCAGUGGGAUCGCAAAUUCACUGAACAGCUAGUUAGCAACGGCAAGCCAGAACACAUGCACGUUAAGAGAUUGAGCAAAGAACAGGUGCGUGCUUUAGUGGAGCACAUGUUGGAAUGUAAGGUGAUUCCCCAUGAAAUUGAAAAGAGGGGAUUUUCAAGAGAAGACGAUAUCCACGAGGUUUUGCCCAGACUAUCCGAAAUGGAAUAUUUGCUCUCUGGAAACGGCAAUCCACGAGAACUUUACAAAAAUUGUGUCUUUUCUUACAUUUAA